GGGCGGGGCGCUUGGUGAGGAAGGCCUAGGCCGUCUGCUUCACGGCUUGUCGAGCGUCCGCGCUGCUUCUCGCGCUUCCCGUCCGCUGUGGCCGGGCGAGCGGAAGCCUUACGGAGCCAUGGAGGACGAGGUGAUUCGCAUUGCCAAGAAGAUGGACAAGAUGGUGCAGAAGAAGAACGCGGCUGGCGCAUUGGAUUUGCUGAAAGAGCUUAAGAAUAUUCCCAUGACUCUGGAAUUAUUACAGUCCACAAGAAUUGGAAUGUCUGUCAACGCUAUUCGCAAGCAGAGUACAGACGAAGAAGUCACAUCUUUAGCCAAAUCACUCAUCAAAUCCUGGAAAAAAUUAUUAGAUGGCCCAUCAACUGAUAAAGACCCUGAAGAAAAGAAAAAAGAACCUGCAAUUUCAUCACAGAAUAGCCCUGAAGCAAGAGAAGAAAGUAGUUCCAGCGGCAAUGUAAGCAGAAAGGAUGAGACAAACGCUCGAGACACUUAUGUUUCAUCUUUUCCUCGGGCACCAAGCACUUCUGAUUCUGUGCGGUUAAAAUGUAGGGAGAUGCUUACUGCAGCUCUCCGGACAGGAGAUGACUACGUUGCAAUUGGAGCCGAUGAGGAAGAACUGGGAUCCCAGAUUGAGGAAGCUAUAUAUCAAGAAAUAAGGAAUACAGACAUGAAAUACAAAAACAGAGUACGGAGUAGGAUAUCAAAUCUUAAAGAUGCAAAGAAUCCAAAUUUAAGGAAAAAUGUGCUUUGUGGGAAUAUUCCUCCUGACCUGUUUGCUAGAAUGACAGCAGAGGAAAUGGCCAGUGAUGAGCUCAAAGAAAUGAGGAAAAACCUGACCAAAGAAGCCAUCAGAGAGCAUCAGAUGGCCAAGACAGGUGGGACCCAGACUGACUUGUUCACGUGUGGCAAAUGUAAAAAGAAGAACUGCACUUACACACAGGUGCAAACUCGUAGUGCUGAUGAACCAAUGACAACAUUUGUCGUAUGUAAUGAAUGUGGAAAUCGGUGGAAGUUCUGUUGAGUUGGAAGAAUCAACAAGGUAUCUGGACCAUUAAGAAAAACAGAUUUUGUAAUUAGCUUUAAAAUUAGGCCAGGCAACUUAUUUCUCUGCAAAUGAUAUUUGUAAACAGUACACAUCCCAUGGGUUGGUUUCUCACCUAACAUCUCCUCACCUUCUGUGGUUUCAGUUCAGCCAGGAGAUCAUAGAAGAAUUAGAUAAUGUGUUUAAUGUGUCCCAUUUUUAAAAUUUUUAUAAGUAAGCUUAUGUUACACUUUAUUAAAUAUUAACUUUUUGAGUCUGAAACACCCAAAAAUUGUGUUGUUCUCCGUUAAUGAAUAAAGACAAAUUGCUUUUCUCAUCAGUAUGUACCUAAAAUAUUAAAGGAGGAGAAAAGGAGUAAUAUAAAUGUCAGAGUUACACAAUAUAAUGUGUAGUACUUGACCAGCUUAUCAAAAUUGUGCACACUAUUUGAACUAGUAAAUGAAUUUGCUCUUAAUUACUGUGCUCACAAAGCCUCAGAUCCCUGGAUCUUGUGUCUGUGACUAACAGCAGUGAUCAUUUCUUGUAUUUCUCAUAUAUGUAUAUUACUUUUUUUUUUUUUUUUUGGUUUUUACGAGACAGGGUUUCUCUGUAUUGUUUUGGAGGCUAUCGGUCCAGCCUGGCCUCGAACUCACAGAGAUCCGCCUGCCUAUGCCUCCCGAGUGCUGGGAUUAAAGGCGUGCGCCACCAACGCCUGGCCGUAUAUUACUAUUUUUAAUAGUUUUUUUUCUUUGAGAAUUGACUUAAUUGCAAUCAGUUAUUUGACUUUGCACUCUAUUUUAAUUUCACAGAAUUCUGUUAUAGUUUCUAGGCUUUUCACAAAGCCACUCACAGGCAUACUUUUGGUGCCUUUUCCCCCAUAGGAAGACAUUCUGGGAAGGAAAUGUCAGCAUCUUAGUAGAGUUCCACCAGGCAGCAGACUGGACUUGCACUUGGGAAUCUACUGACCAACGACUAAGCUGUGUUAACUGUGUUACUCAUUAAGCUGUGCUCUUUGCAUAUGGAGGUCGCAAAAAGAAAAAGGAAAAUCUUUUAGUUUGAAACUUUUGUGCUGACUUUUUUUCUUACAUGAUGAUGUUGAGCCAACUGAAAUGUAGGCUGUAGCAAAUAGUUUUACAAUACAUAUUUCACAAUUAAGUUUUACCAUUGUUUAAAUGUGUCCUGCUUGUUUUGCCGGUAAUAAGCAGUGGUUUUUACAUAGCUUUCUUGAUACGGAUAUUUGAUACAUAUAGUAAAGGCCACUGUUGGCAAAGCUUACAACUUAUAUGCUUGCAUCUGGCCGGAUGUCUGUGUAAAGACCACUGCACAAGCUUUGCACUCUGCUCUGCAGAUUGCUUGACAUAACAUAGAAAACACUUAAAGGUCCAUGUUAAAAAAGAUUGGUCCAUGGGUAAUUUCUGUCACUUUAAAAAAUAAAGUACAUUUUGGAAGAAUUAGUUUAACAAUAAUAAAGUUAAAGUAGUCCCACUUUUAAGUGAUCCAUUUUAAAAUUUGUAAAUCAAUAAAUUUUUUUGUUGUUAAA